AUGGUUGAUAAAAUUUGUUGCUGGUGUGGGGAUGAAGAAGAGAAUUUAGAGCAUCUUAUGUUCACCUGUGCAAGGGCCCGAAGGGUAUGGAAGUUGGCUGGGCUAAGUUGGGACUGUCUGCAGGACACUCAAACUUCUUUCUCAGAUUGGUGGACUUGUCUCUCCAGCCUUAAACCUUCUGCAAUCAACAAAGCCAGAGUUUCUCUCUCCACUUACCUUCUCUGGUGGUUGUGGAAGACCAGAAACACCUGCUUAUUUCAAAACUCUCGAAUCUCGGAAUUGCAGCUCGUUGAAGCAGCUAAGCUGGAAUGGCAGGAGUAUGAUGAGCUUAAAUUUGGCAGAAGCUUAUUCAGAAAAGUUCAGAUAGGGCCUGGCAAAAUCACAACUUCAGUAGAGGCACAAGGAGUAGGGGACCUGCUUGCAGAUUCCAGUGCUUCCUCACCUCAGGCUGAGUCUUGGAUCAUGCAUGGGACAGCCUUUGUUAAUUCUGCUUUGGUGGCCUCCUGGGAGCACUCUAGGGGUGUUUUCUCCAAGCACUCAGUGGAUGAUGCUCUCUUUCAGCUCAGAAACUGGUUAGACCAGGGCUGCAAGCAAGGUUGGCAGAAGGUGAUCCUCAAAGUCAGUGACAAGAAAUUCCUCAAGCUGCUCUUGGACUGUGACCUCGGCUUUGUGGAAUCUGCUGUCCUUUUGGAAGAUAUCUGCUCCUUGCGGCUCCUUUUCUCUGAUUUUGUUCUUGUUGAUUGUUCUUGA